AUGGACUCCUCCAGUCCUCAAGAGGAGUACACCACCAUCCUGCCAGACUUGCAAAAGAAAGCACUAUUUCAAAAGUCACGCCUGUUUCUUGAACUAGCUUCAGUCGGCGAAGACGAUGAUACCGAGAUUUUACUGGAGGAAGAUGAUGAUGAACUUGGUGCCAUAAAAGAAUUUCAUCCCAAACCUCUGGGUGGAGCUACGAAGGCUGCUGGGAAGCUGGGAAUGCUGUGGGAUGAUGCUGAGUCAAUUGUGGGAGGACAGCUGAUCUACCUGGCUGACUCCCGCAAAGUUCACCCCACAGCACAAAAAGACAAACCCACCGAGAAUCAGGAGGUGAAAAUAGCUGGUGUUGAACGGCCGAUUGACGGUGAGCUGUUGAAACCGUACGAAACCAAUCAAAAGGUGUUUUCAUUCCUGUUGCCUUUGGGUGGUCUCAGUUCUCUCACACGACACUUACCACUUUUGAGACUGCCAUCACCCCCACCAGAAUUGCGAGAACUCAGUGAGAAUAUUGAGAAUAAGUUAGUCAAGCAACAGCUGAUUAGUACUGUUGAUGAUGCGAAAUAUUUCAGCCUGGUCGACCAUCUCGAUAAUGUCCGAUUUCGAGCUGUGAAGCACUCUUUAACCAACAAAAUUGACGACGUUGUGCCUGGCUUCAUCAAACGCGAUAAAUCGUGGGAGCUGGUAUAUUCAGAGAUCAAGGGUAACAUCGUAUUGCUUGGGGGCUACAGAGGCCUGGUAUUACGAGAUGCUAAGACGCACAAGCGUGUGUGGGUCCCUUUAACUGCCGGUUUGAAGCUUCGUAAAGUAAACCUUUUACUCGGUCCAUCCGAUGAAGAUGAACUCAAGGCUACAGAUACAGUUGUACCCGAUGGAGUCCUCAAAAACGUUGGACCUGUGGAUCUUUGUAAGAAAUUCCUCAAAAAGCUUAAGGCCAAUCCCAACGCCAACGUACAUGAUUUUGGCUAUGAUUGGCGGCUCUCAGGUGACAUAAUCAGUCAGCAACUUGUUGAUUUCCUUCAAAAACUAAAGGAUGAAACAGGCGAGGGCACAAUUGUCAUUGGUCAUUCUAUGGGGGGUAUGAUGGCUCAUGGAGCACUUCAAUUACGCCCUGAUCUAUUCAGAGGCCUCCUCUAUGUGGGCAGCCCUUCUGAAUGUCUCAACAUUUUGGGACCCAUUCGUUACGGUGAUAAUGUCAUCAUGUCAGACAAAGUUCUCACAUUUGAAACUAACUUUAUGAUGCGAUCUCUGUUCAAUUUCCUUCCUUUACUGGGGCGUGUGUUUUGCAAUAUGAAUAAGAACGAGUAUUACGAUCUUGACUACUUUGACCCUGAUGUAUGGGUCGAGUAUAAUUUGAACCCUCUUGUGGCAAAGAAACGUCAGGAACGUGAACAGCGUCAAAUGCUGUCUUCAGUACUGCCGACAGGUACGCAACUGCCAUCGGGAGCGCAAUCGCCAACGAGCUUUACGUCUCGCGAUAAGUCAAGCAAUCAUUUCGGCCUUUCUAGCUUCAGUUACGCUCUCAAGAUUGCUAAACGGAAGACUCUGAACUCAUUGCUGGGGUUGGGCAGUUCUCCUACCAGUCUGAUAGCCACUCUAGAUGACGAUUCCGAUGAAGAAGAAAAGUAUAGCUUCACAUUUGCCGAGUCCUAUGAUUAUCUUAAGCGCACAUUAAUUCGCACGCGGAAAUAUAUCGAUGGUCUCGAGUUCAAACCCGAACUUGAACAUAAAUAUCCACCUUUGGCAGUGGUGUAUGGUAACAAGGUGCCUCUGGUUCGAGGACUGAACGUGAGAAGCCGACAAGACAUUAAAGACGGUAACUACUAUGAAUUCUUUUACGGUCACGGCGACGGCGUUAUCCAUCAAAAGUGGUUAUUGCCGGAGCGGAAGGGGUUCAGGUUCUACGAUGCUGAAACGGGUGAAGGUGAAAUAGUCGGCAAAUUUGCUCUGGAUUGCGGUCAUGUCGAUCUUAUGACUGAUUUCAAGGCAAUGGGCGAAGGCUUGGCAGCAAUCGUUGAAGCUGAAAAACACUGGCAUCGCAAACUUGAAUGA